CGGUGGCCGACUGGCUCCAAGAGAAGGCCCGUGGCUGGCUUCGCGCCCCCCCCGUCAACAAGAUCGACACCCACCAUCACAUGGUACCACCGAUCUAUAGCAAAGCCGUGGAAAGUGCUGGAGGUAUAAUAUCCCCUUGCCUAUCCAACCCCGCAAAGUGCUCUGCCAAACCUGACGCCGAACAGGCGAUCCAAGUGGCUGGCCCACCCCGAGUUGGAGUGAACUGGGCUCCAAGCUCGUGAUGGAACGCCUCGGAAUCCAGGUGUCCAUUCUCUCCGUUACGGCCCCGGGUCCGUGUAUCCUGAAAGGGGCUGAGGCGGCAACGCUGGCGCACCAACUGAACCAGUACGCCGCCGACCUCCGCGACAGGGAGCCCCAGAGGUUCGGCUUCUUUGCCUCUCUCCCAGAUCUGCUGGACACCGAGGCCGCGCUGGCGGAGAUCGCAUACGCCAUGGAGGAGCUGCACGCGGAUGGCGUCACCCUCUUCACCCGGUAUGGCGAGGGCAACACCUACCUGGGCCAUCCGUCUCUCGAGCCCAUCUGGGCGGACUUGAACCGUCGCAAAGCGGUCGUCUUCGUCCACCCCACCCAUCCGGUCGAUACCAAUCCGGUGAGCUCGAAGAUGCCGCAGCCGAUGAUUGACUAUCCGCACGAGACCACCCGCACCGCCAUGGACAUGAUCCUGGCCGGCACCCGCCACAAAUACCCAGACUGCAAGGUGAUUCUAUCGCAUGCCGGCGGAGCCCUCCCGUACUUGAUCAGCCGGGUCGCAAUCCCGCUCAAGAAGGCGCCCGAUCUCGCCUCAUCGUAUGUCAUGGGCACAACCGGGGAUAAGGCCAUGGAAGCCUUUCGCAGCUUCUACUAUGAUUUGGCGUUGUCCUCUUCCCCGCAGGUGCUGGAUUUGGUGCUGAAGAUGGUCCCUCACGACCACAUAUUGUUUGGAAGCGACUUCCCUUACGCCCCACCUACGGCAUACCCGGCGUUCUUGGAGGAGCUGGAGUCAUACGAAAUGGACGAGGAGCUACGGAACAAGAUCAACUACGGGAACGCUUUGAAGCUCAUUCCUCGGCUUUCCCAGCAGACCCGCCUAUAGAUGCCCCUGUGGUUAAAAGGGUUGCCUAUCGCAUGAUUCUAUCGUUGUACAUUAUACCCACAAGAUACUUGAAGAUGGUCUGGUUCAUCCCAAUUCAAA